CAUUCCUCCAUCCUCUACAUCCAUCACAUCUCCAUCCACGUCUACAGGUCUGUUACCCUCUUAUUCACCGUCGCCACCAACCUACGUACGAGGUAAUACUUAGACCUUAACCCGACAUGGCUUAUUCGUGACCAUCUCCGUCCUUGCGCGCCGAGUCCGGACGACUUUACUUCUUUGCUAGCCACGGCUAGUCGUCACCCCCUUCGUGUUAUGCGCCUUGCACCAUGUAAUAACCACUCCAGAUUCUUGAGAUACCCUCGGCCGCAGCAACGAAUACUGCACCCGCCCUCCCUCUCGAUUCCGACAUAGUUACAACCGUGAGAGCAGUAAUAAUAAUAAUACCAUGGCGCAAGACGAGGAUCCCACCCGCGAUUCUGCCCCCGACUUGCAGAUCCUGGGCGACCAGAUCACCCUCCGGCCGAGAAGCUAUGUCGAAACGCGUCCCCACGAUGGCCAGGAAGCGCCGCUGAUGCACAACAUGGCUCACUUCCGCUCCGAACCGCUGCAGUUCCUCCGCGAAGUCUCCCUCUACGUUUCUGGCACCGGGUGGCGAGCAUAUGAUAGAGUUAUUGGCCAGCCCAUCUUUUACUCCGGCUUCUCUGAGCAGAUGAAGAAUGCCGUUGUCUCUACGCCGCUCCUGCGCGCCCGGAUAUCCCAGCUAGCCGACAAGCAAUUAGAACUCGAAGUGAAGGAGGGAUGGCUUAAGGGGGAGGACAGCGACCAUCCUUCGCAAAAGGCACACCGGCGAGCGGCCAUCGAGUCGGGGAUACAGGAGGUGGCUGAGAAGAUGACGAACGACAUGAUAUGCAAGUUCGAGAGCAAGACUUUCAUUAGGGGAGCGUAUUACUUGGUUACGCAACUGCUCACCCGAGCCUACCACCAAGGGAUACACGUCUCGAGCGAGGAGGUUCUGAAGCUGCGGAAGGUCGCCGAAGUGGCUGAGCAGAAAAAGCAGAGCAUCGUGUUCUUACCCUCCCACCGGUCUCAUGUCGACUACAUCUCUUUACAGUUGAUUUGCUACCGUCUGGGCCUGGCGCUUCCCGUUGUCGUUGCUGGCGAUAAUUUGAAUUUCCCAGUCGUCGGGAGCUUUUUACAACAUGCAGGCGCAAUGUGGAUUCGACGGUCUUUCGGAAAUGACGUUUUAUAUACAACCCUUGUACAAGCCUACAUAGACACUUUGCUCCAGGGGGGCUAUAACUUCGAAUGUUUUAUAGAGGGCGGCCGAUCGAGGACGGGAAAACUACUACCCCCCAAAUUCGGCAUUCUCAGCUUCGUAAUGGAUAGCGUGCUGUCGGGCCGGGUCGAGGACGCCGUCAUAUGUCCGGUGAGCACACAAUACGAUAAAGUCAUCGAGACGGAGGGCUACGUCACGGAACUCCUAGGCAUCCCGAAGAAGAAGGAGAACUUAGCCGACUUCUUGACCGGCGGCUCUUCGGUGUUAUCGCUGCGACUGGGGAGGGUGGAUGUCCGUUUUCACGAGCCUUGGAGUCUGCGUGGCUUUAUUGACGAGCAGCUGACGAAGCUCACCAAAUCGCCUGAGAAUCUAAGACUGGACAGGAAAACGCCCGAGAACGUUGCGAUUAAGCAGAAGCUACUGCGGACUAUGGGAUACAAGGUCCUGUCUGAUAUCAACAACGUGUCCGUGGUCAUGCCUACUGCACUUAUUGGCACCGUGUUGCUCACACUCCGCGGCCGAGGGGUGGGCAAAUCCGAAUUGAUACGGCGGAUCGAGUGGCUCAUUGCUCGGGUCAGGGCGAAGGGCGGCCGUGUUGCGCACUUUGGCAACGCCCCCUUGUCCGACGUCGUAGAACGAGGAUUGGACGUCCUCGGCAAGGACCUCGUUGGCGUCGUGCAAGGGCUCGCCGAGCCGACGUACUAUGCUGUGGACCGGUUCCAGCUUUCUUUCUACCGAAACAUGACAAUCCACCUCUUCAUAUCCGAAUCCCUAGUCAGCGCCAGCAUGUACACCCGCGUGAAACUGGGCGGCGGCCCGGCACACCAGGAAAUAACCUACAACGCCCUCCGGGACCAGGUUUUAUUCCUCUCGUCGCUGUUUCGCGGCGAAUUCAUAUUUCCCGGCGAGGGGUUGGCGGCAAACCUGGAAAAGACGAUAGUCGGGCUCGAGAGCGAUCGAGUUCUUAGUCUUAAGCGGGACGAAAAGGGAGACAUAUUGAGCGUCGGGCUUGCGGAUGAAGAGAGGGCAGUCGGCCGAGAGAACUACGAUUUCUACUGCUUCCUCAUCUGGCCAUUCAUCGAAGCCAGCUGGCUCGCCGCCGUUUCGCUCAUGGGUCUUACUCCCCCCAACGGGCAGGAUAGUGGUAUCUGGAUCGAGGCUGCGAAGGCGCAGAACACCACGCAACUACUGGGCAAGACCCUUUACCACCAGGGCGACCUGAGCUACUUCGAGGCGGUAAACAAGGAGACGCUUAAGAAUUCCUAUCAACGUUUCGAAGAGGAGGGGAUUCUUUACGUAGUCAAAUCAAAGGACGAAAAGGUCCCACCGCGGUUGCGGCUCGCAUCCGAGUGGAUGCCGUCGCGCGACCCAACUUCCGGAGCGCUGCAACCAUCGGGCAGACUAUGGGACUUUAUCGAGCGUAUCGCGUCGAGCCGGCGCGAGGGCAAGAACCGGAGAGACGGCGCGACGGUCAGCACGCGGGUGCUAAGGCUUGUCGACGCGCUGGGUGCGAAGCUGUUCGAAGACGCGACCAACGCCGAGGGCAAGGCCGAAUCGAAGCUGAGCGCCGAGGAGGCAGCUAAACUGAGGAAGACCGUCGGAACCGAGAGGAGGAGGCGCAGGUUAGAGGGCCGGGCGAAUUUAUAAUAGGCGCCGGAUAUAUAUAUGUGCGUGUGUACUACUUGUAUACUACUCGUUAUUGCUUCUACUAUCAGAUACGACCGCGAAUUCGCCUUGAUGCAUGAGGCUCCGAGGCCAACAAAGCAAACAGGGGCUUCACUGUACUUGAAUAAUAAUACCAUGUUCAGUCUACCUUCA